CUUCGCUCGCCACAAGUUAAGUCGCGAUAAGAGCUCGGCUCAGUUCUGUAAACAAAUGUGCUAUGCAUGCUAUGAGCAUAUCUGAUAUCACAAUCCUUUGACCCGCACAGAGAACAAUUUGAAGUGAUGACUGCUGUGCUGCACCGACGAUAGCUUUUGCGCGUCCUGAAAUAAUCGUUGUCUACCUGGACACUUCUUCGCAGGCUAUGAGCAGGACCUGUUCACCAAGAACAUUGACUGGUGAGACCAGAAGGUGAACUUCUCAUUUGCUCGCUAUUGCUACGAUCGGUUUGUAUUGUCUACAUCCUGCGAUCAGGACACGAACAACCCAACUCACCUGUGACAACAUGGCUUCUUCAGCAAAUGCAGCGCCCGAGGGCAUCUUCACCCCACUGGACACAGAUCUUUACAAGCUGACGAUGCAAUGUGCCGUUCUCAAGUUCUUCCCGAACGUCAAAGUUAUCUACUCGUUCACUAAUCGGACUGAGGAGAAAAAGCUGACUCGAGCUGCCUUCAAUUGGCUGCAAGAGCAAAUCUCCAGGCUUGCCAACCUGCAAGUUACUGACGAGGAGAUUGACUGGCUACAAAAGACAUGUCCCUAUCUUGGCAGCACGUAUCUUGACUAUCUGCGCUCAUUCCGCUUCAAGCCGGCCGAGCAUAUCGUUGCCACUUUCGCGCCUGAAAACGUCACGGAUACCACGGAUGACUCCGCUCUCGGCCAGGUCAAUCUAUCCAUUGAAGGUCUCUGGCUUGAAACCAUUCUUUACGAGAUCCCGCUUCUUGCAUUGACGUCUGAGGCCUACUUCAAAUUCGUCGACCAGGAAUGGUCACAUGCCGGUCAAGUCGCGAACGCGAAACGGAAAUGCGCUCAAUUGAUCGAGAAUGGUUGCACGUUUAGCGAAUUUGGUAGUCGCCGUCGCAGAGACUACGCCACCCAAGACAUGGUGAUGACAGGUAUCAUGCAAGCAGUCGCGGACGCAGACAAGGCUCCACCGGUCGACGAAAAAUUGCCUGGUCGCAGCUUCUCCCAAGGCAAGUUCUCGGGCACCUCAAACGUGCACUUCGCUAUGAAAUAUGGCUGUGCACCCAUCGGUACCGUUGCGCAUGAAUGGACAAUGGGAAUAGCGGCCUUGAACGACGACCCUGCCGGCGCCAACGAACUCGCAUUACAGUAUUGGGUGCGGACGUUCGGUCGAGGCGUGCUGGCCAUUGCAUUGACCGAUACGUUCGGCACGGAGACCUUCCUCAGAUCAUUCGUUAAACCGGCUGCGUACGGAGACGAUGAGGUUGCUACAAACAGGUCAACCACUAGCGACCGCGCUACUUAUGCCGAUGUGUUCACUGGCGUACGGCAAGACAGUGGUGAUCCGCUGGACUUCUUGAGUCGCAUGAAGGACUUUUACAUAUCACAAGGCAUAUUAUCUCCAGGGUCGCUCAAUGCGCCACGAAAGACUAUUGUAUACAGUGAUAGCUUGAACACGCAAAAAUGCAUCAAAUACGCACGAGCGACCGAGGAAGCAGGUCUGACUCCUUCCUUUGGAGUAGGGACUUUCUUCACCAACGACUUUGUUCGGCAACCUGCCGCAACAGCAGGUGGGAAUGCAGCACAGAAAGACAUCAACGAGGGAGCGAGGGAGGGUCACCAGGCCGACGGAGAGAAGAGUUCGCCUUUGAACAUUGUCAUCAAACUUCGAGAGGUGGAAGGCCGAUCCGCGGUCAAAUUGAGUGACGACAUUGGCAAGAAUAUGGGCGAUGAAGACGCUGUUUUUCGCUACAAAAGUGCUGUAGGCUACCGCGAUCAUUCCUGGGAAGGCGCGGAUGAGCGCAAUCGAUGGACUUGAGUCUCUCGAACGAUGGCAAUGGCUGGCAAUCACUACGAAAAUAUGAGAACAUGAACGGCAGAAUUUUGAUGGCGCGCAAGCUCAACGAUAUCCAGGCGAGGGCUUCAAUAUAUGAGAAGAGGGCACAGAAUGUAAAGAUGAAUGAUGGGAUUACUCAGCAGCAGCGCUGGAUGAAUCGGAAGUAUAUGAUGCUAAAAAUUGUCGUUUUAUCAGCGACGAGAUGUUGACCUUGCGGACAAUCGCGUGUUCUGAGCCCUCAUGUGCGAUGCCUUUCGUCGGCACGCGAGAUGCUGUGACAUGCACCAUUUUGAGAAAUGGUGGCUCUGUUUCUCUAUCCGAUUCUGAGCGAGGAUCAAUCACGGAGGCGAUGCAUUCUGCAUCCGCCAGCAGGCACACAUUGAGAUCAUAGCCCGGCUCCAGCUCGUCCUCG